CUUUCGCUUCUUAAAGCGAAGACGCCGGCGGCAGAGGUCACAUGACUGGUGGGACGCCGAGCAGGCAAGAUGGCUGCGCGCGAGGGACCGUCCUAUUGGCAAGGCAACGAAACCCUGCGCGUCCCGGCGGCCCUCUUUGCCUUGAACCGGGCCCGUCUGUGUGACCGCUUGAGGGCCCACAAGGAGGUGCCCAGGAAGGCCGUGGCCCUCCUGCAAGGCGGGGAGCAGACCAACCGAUACUGCACCGACACCGGCAUUAUCUUCCGCCAGGAAUCUUACUUCCAUUGGACCUUCGGAGUGACGGAGGCCGACUGCUACGGGGCCGUCGACGUUGACACCGGAAACGCCAUCCUCUUUGUCCCAAGGCUUCCCGAAAACUAUGCCGUUUGGAUGGGGAAGAUCCAUCCUCCGGAGCACUUCAGGCAGAAAUAUGCGGUGAACGAAGUCCGUUACACUGACGAAAUCUCGGAGGUCUUGGCAUCCAAGGGCCCUUCCGUUCUUCUCACUCUCCGAGGAGUCAACACCGACAGCCAAAGCAUCACCAGGGAAGCCUCCUUCGACGGAAUCAGCAAAUUUAACGUCAACAACAAAAUCCUUCACCCCGAGAUCGCGGAAUGCCGCGUGAUCAAGACAGACAUGGAGCUGGAAGUCCUCCGCUACACCAAUAAAAUUUCCAGCGAAGCCCAUAAAGAGGUCAUGAAAGCCGUCAAAGUGGGAAUGAAGGAAUACGAGCUGGAAAGCCUGUUCCAGCACUAUUGCUACACGCGAGGAGGCAUGCGCCACACCUCCUACACCUGCAUCUGUGGCAGUGGACACAACAGCUCCGUUUUGCACUACGGACACGCCGGCGCUCCCAACGAGAAAACCAUUGCCGACGGAGACUUGUGCUUGUUCGACAUGGGUGGGGAGUACUACUGCUACGGCUCGGACAUCACCUGCACCUUCCCGGCCAACGGGACCUUCACUCCGGACCAGCGGGACAUCUACCGAGCCGUCCUCAAGUCCUCCCGGGCCGUCAUGAAGGCCAUCAAACCGGGGGUGUCCUGGCCCGACAUGCACCGUCUGGCCGACCGCGUCCAUCUGGAAGAACUCACCCGGAUCGGGCUCCUCCGGGGCGACGUGGACGACAUGGUGAAGGUUCAUCUGGGCGCCGUGUUCAUGCCCCACGGCCUGGGGCACCUCCUGGGGAUCGACGUCCACGACGUGGGGGGCUACCCAGAGGGAGUGGAGCGCAUUGACCUGCCGGGUCUCCGGAGCCUGCGCACAGCCCGCGUCCUGGUCCCGGGCAUGGUCUUGACCAUCGAGCCGGGCAUCUACUUCAUUGACCACCUCUUGGACCAGGCCCUGGCAGACCCAGCUCAGGCCUGCUUCCUCAACAACGAUGUCCUGGCACGCUUCCGAGGCUUCGGCGGGGUGCGCAUUGAGGACGACAUUGCAGUGACUGCCAAUGGGAUGGAGCUGCUGACCUGCGUCCCGCGCACCGUGGAGGAAGUAGAGGCCUUCAUGGCUGAAGCCCGGGGCAACCCCAAGACCUUUGCGUCCGUCUCCAGCCAAAGCAGUGGCCCCUAAGGUGGUGAAAGCGUGGCUCCACUGAAGGAGUGCUCCAGUAAAGCAGAGAAGCUGCAUCUCUAAAACAAAGGAAAAUGAAUGCCUUGUGAUUUUUGCUGAAUUAAUACUACGAAAAUGAAAUGGAUCUUGGCUCAUCUAACUCUGUUCUUGCUUCUUUGCAAGGAGUUUGAACCCUGUAUGAGGGACGGAUGAAGCUAGUCUGGGAAGCACUAAUUUUUGCAAAUACAAAAAUCAACAGAUUCUUGAUUGUAUCUCUUUUUCACUAACACAUGCCGAUAAACAUCAGCUUUCGACUAAUCCUAAUGGAGGAGCCUGUUGGGCUGAACAAACAAGCAAAUAAAAACUUUGCCUCCAAGA